AUGCCCUCUCUCAUCUCGUACACCCUGCGCCACAGUUGGCUCACUAUCCUAUCACGUCAAGUCCAACACUCGCUCAUACCGUCCAACAGCCUCAGGUCACCAUCAGUAAGUCAUUCACCUCGUCAGCUGACUCUCACACUCAACACUUCCCAGCUUUUCCAGUCCAGCGCCAUCAGUCCUUCCAACCAGUUCCGUCCCCACUGUCAAGUCCUUACCACAUACACGUCCAUCCUACAACACGUCCCGUCCUCACACAACUCACUCACUCGUCUACCAACUCAUGGGUCACCUCCACUGCUCAUGCCUACACAGUCUCACGUCAGCCUCCCACUAUACCGUCCAACAUCAUCCUCGCGUACCUCACAAGUCCUACAUCCUAACAGUCUCUCUCUCAACCGAGUCAGCCUCCAAACCUGUCCUCCUCGCUACAUUCUCGCUCCUCGCCUCCAAACCGUCUCGCGCUACACCACUGUCCCUCAUCAGUCCAGCCGCGCUCUCACACACGCGUCACUCGUCCCAUCACACACAUGCGUAAGCCGCCUCAUCCUCCUGCGCUACGUCAUUGUCUCAUCGACCAACACACAUCUACUCGUCUCGCUCACAUACACUCGUACACUAAUCACCCGUCCUCGAGUCCCGUCCUCGUACAGGCCACAUCAAUCGUUACGUGUCGACAGCGCACACAGCUCCUCUAUACCAGCUACUCUCGACCAGCCACAUUUCGCACUACGCUCUCCUAUCCAUACGCGCUCAGUCCCCCCAACCAGUACUCUACAACACUCGCAGGCGCCUUCAACAGUAGCCGCCGCCUUCUCCUCGAGUCAGGACCAUAAAUACAGUACACAGUCACCUACUGUCCUAUGUCCCCACUCACAGCUCAAUCCGACAGCUCACAUCACGUCAGCUCGACAGUAUAGUCCGACACGCGAACGUCCCAUCGCAGGCACAGCGAGUGUAACCUCUGGUAAGCUACACUCCCUCGUCCCACGCUCUUCAACAUACGUCAGCGCACACACUACAGAUCAACGGCACUCCCCAUCUGUUCACCCAGCGCCAUCAUCAGUCCGCCGCUACACUCAGUCUCAGUCCAAGUUCCAGAGUACACAACAGUCGUUCACACACAACCAGUCAGUACAAAAGCUCAAACACCACCGUCAGCUCACCCAUAACAGUGUCAAGCUCCUACACAUCACCGUCACAUCCUACACCUACACGUCAGCUUCCCAUCCUCACUCGCUCACUCACAGCGUCAUCGCUCACCACCUACACCCCUCGUCCACGCUAACUACUGCACAGGCUCAUCCAGCGCACAGUCCUCACACCAGUCAGUCCAUCCAGGCACCUCGCGCUUCCAAUACUUCCAGUCCCAUCACUCGUGCACAAUGUCAAAUCGCCGCUUGUUCCACUCUCUCUACCUGUCACAGGCACACGCUAAUCAGCUCGUCCUUACAGUCACUAAGCGCACCCCCAUACAAGGCGACGCUCACCAAACUGCGCUACGCCUACUCAGCAGUCCAAACAAUGCGCAGCUCAUAA